GAUGUUUGCCUUUAAUUUCGUUAAAAAUAAACGUAUAAAAGAAAUGUUAAUAUGAGUAAUCAAAUAGUGUCUUACAUUUAUAUAUUUUUAAAAUACUAAAUAUAGUAGAGAAUAACUCUUGCUAAGAUAAUCUUAGCAGCGUCUUAAUUUUUACACAAUGAAGAGGGGCGACAUUGUUCCAUGUUUCAUCCUCAUUUUAGACGUAAAAUAUGGUGGACUAUUUGUGUUGUGGUUAUAUAGUUUGAGAUAUCUUACAUUAAUUGUACCAAACAACGAUUUAAAUGUGCUGUGACAGUUUUUGUUGUGGUGAUUGUACUUUCCUUGUACAUUAAGACUGGAUUUUAGUUGGAAUUUUCUUUCUGGGCGAAAACAUGGAUAGCGGCGAUUGCGAGACCGAAGAAGACUCUGCACCAGAGGCGUGCGUUUCUCCCGAAGGUUCUCUGUUGCCAAGUAACAGUCGGGAGAUGAGAAACAGGGCAGAGAAGAUGCGGCGGGACAAACUGAAUGCAUUCAUUGGAGAACUGGCAACAUUAGUUCCAAUGGUUGCAAGGAGUGCAAAACGGAUGGAUAAAACGAGCAUUCUCAGAUUGACAGCUACACAUUUGCGCAUUUAUCAGACAUUACUGAAUGGGAAGGACAAGCUACACAUGGAAUUGCCAAAGCAUGUGGACCAGUAUAUAUUAGAACAGUUGGUAUGUGAACAGUUAGGUGGAUUUCUUUUGAUAUUAACGCCAACAGGAAAGAUAGUUUUUGUUUCUCACACGGUAGAACAUCUCUUAGGACAUUUACAGACUGAUUUAAUGGGUCAAUCAAUUUAUAAUAUUACUUCUCCAGAAGAUCAUGACCUUUUAAGGAUGUACAUUAGUACAGAAAGUGUUUUGAACUGCCAAUGGAAGAAAUGUUUCAGUAUUCGAUUAAAAAGAGCAGGGCCUCGAACAGAAUCUGCGGUAUAUGAACCUGUACGAAUAAUGAGCGUACAUCGAUCGUCUAAUAAUAAUGACUACAAUCAAAACACAUCGACUAGUAGAGAUGCAGCGUCAAAUACUUUAAAUAAUGAUGUGCUGCUAUUUUUCGUAAGAAUUUUCCGUCCUGAACCACUGUCAGAAAGGCUCAUUGAAGCUUCAAAGGAUGAAUAUAUGACGCGACACCUUAUUGAUGGACGCAUCAUUGGCUGCGACCAACGAAUUUCUUUUGUAGCGGGUUACAUGACAGAAGAAGUUUCAGGACUAUCAGCCUUCAAGUUUAUGCAUCGAGAAGAUGUUCGGUGGGUUAUGAUCGCCUUAAGACAGAUGUAUGAUCGAGGAGAAAGCAAAGGAUCUUCAUGUUAUCGGUUGUUAUCAAGAAAUGGACAAUUUAUUUAUUUAAGGACAUUUGGUUUUUUAGAAAUCGAUGAUCAAGGGACUGUUGAAAGUUUUAUUUGUAUUAACACUUUAGUAAGUGAGAGUGAAGGUCUUCAGAUGAUAAAUCAAAUGAAGAAAAAAUAUUCAGCAUUGAUCAAUUCACAAAUUAGCCCGAUUACUUCGUGUGGAACUAGUGAUUCUUCAGUACAAUCCGUGGAAGAUCCACAACAAGUGGAAGCUGCGAUCGUACAUUUAAUAACCAAUCUACCUUCGCCUGGCUCAGAUCAUCGCUCAACUCCCAGUCCUCGAGUAUAUUACAAUGUAAAUGAGAAUCAAGACUGUUCUACUACGACUGAAAAUUCCCCUAUCAGACCAUACCACAUGAAAUUAAAGACUGCAUCCAAACGACCGCCCAGUACUGAAUUAAGAACCAACAUAUAUAAGCGACAGAAAACGUCACCUCAAUUGCCAUCGCUUUCGAAUGUAACGCCUUAUCAAAAUAGGUCUCAACUUACCGAAAUAACACAGCAAACGGAACCAUCAUUGUAUCAGCAUGACCAAUUGCUUCGCAACAAAAUAUGAAGUCACUAUUGUGUAAUGUGGAGACUGAAAAUUAGGCCAUACUUAAUGGGCAACAAUUCGCUCAUGAACAAUGUAUAGAAGGUGUGGUGAUGUUUUAAUGAUCGUGGUGAAACAAAUAAGAAAAACCUGACUACGCAUAAGACAAAAUUCGAUUUAUUUUAUGAUUGAAUUAUUCCCUAUUCGUUCAGCUGAAAGAAUAAGUUUCAAAUGCGCAACUUCACAGAGACAAGUUGAAAUUUGGAUGAAUCAAGUGCACAUUUGAAAAUAUACUUUGCUGUGUGAAUAGACUGUAGAUGUAAAAGUUGUAUAGAUUUUGCAUAUUCUCGUAAUAUACAUAUACCAUAUACUGAUUAAAUAUAGUAAUUCUGUGAUGAAGUUUUCUUUACGUUAAAUUUAGAUGUUGUCGUCUUGUAUAUUUAGUACAAAUUUAUUAAGUUUUAAUUUUAUCCAUCGUCUUUAAUCUAACCCCUAUUCGUUACAAGUAAAUUCAGGCAUGCACGUAAAACAUCUUAAUAAUUGUACUAAACAGGACCAUUCCUGAAUGUCAGACAGUCAAUGUGCGACAAAUAAGUUGUAUUAAGCUGGCUCAAUAUACCAUUAAGUCGUAGUAAGAUACUUACAUCUUGGAAAACGACUACUUUACAUGAGAAUGCCAAAGUAACCGAACCCGACGUAUUUGUAAAAAACGAGGAGGUUGAAGUAAAAACGGAGGGAGCACUUCGUAUGCUUUCAAUGGUACCGUUUUGGGACAAAAUUAAACACCGUUUACGAUGGGUCUGUUGAUUGUGUGCACAUGUGAGGAGGCUAAAAACCCCAACGUUUUACCGGUACUCCAUAGGCGUACAUGGCGAUUAUUUUGUUCCCUCACUUACGGUGUAUAUACCUAUUAUACGUCGUGCGUUAUUUUUUUUUAUAUGAAAACAUCCAAACUUUGUAAAUCAUGAAAUGGAAAUAAACAAUCUUGGAAAGACAAUUAGUGUUCAUAAGUUUCAGUUCGUUUCAUCCCCAUGACGGAUGAUAAGCCUAACUGCUCCGUCACUGAUUGGCGAUACUUUCAAAUCUAGGGGUGUGGUUAACUCCAGUGCAUAGUCGUAAAGGUGUUUAGAUUCCAAGAGGUUGGGGCUAUAAAUUUCAUAGUAUUAUCGCUCUGUUCUUACUCCACCCUCCACGGUAAAAACAACUACAUUUGUAACAAAUUGUGGGGUAUGUUUAUAUUUCUGUUCAUGUUUGCAACAAAAUACUUCAGAAAAUACGUAUAACGCAAAGAGCAAGAAGGAAACACAGUGUCAAUAUAAAUUUAAAAGUUUUCUUACUAUUUUGUACAAAAUAAAAAAAAAAGCAAUGCAAAAUUUAAAAUGGUGAGAUCGGGUGAAAUGAAGUAUAUUUCGAAAAAAGAUUUAAACUAUAAACUAAACCAAAGGAAAACUACAUUUAAAAAAUCAAUUGUUAUUCAUUUUAAAAAAGUCGUAUCCAUAUUCGAAUCAUGUGAGUAAAUACUACAGUUCCCAUCAAAACUUCUUGGACAACAAUGUCCACCAAUUGUCAUAAACUGUAAAGCGACCUUUAGUAGCUACUUACUAACCCUAUUUUUCGUUCUGAUCUGCCAAUCCCUCACAAAAUGUGACAACUCAAUCAAUAUUAUCAAAAAUAUACCUUAAGAUCGCUGCAAUUUACCGAUAAGACAUACCACCUUCUAUUAACGAUAUUAUUUACAGAACACAGAUGGCAUUUCAAUCAAGAUGACUUAAGAAAAAAUGUCAAACAGUGACAGUUAAGCUUGAACUAUAUACAUUGACGUUUUGAUGUCCAAGAAGUUAUGACGGGAACUAUAUAAAUGUAAGGAUCUGUUUCACCACAACAUUUUGAUUUGUUUAGACUUGAUUGUAACAAAAUAAGUUUGAAUUUUAAACGGA